GGGAUCCUGCUCAUUCUCCGGAAAUGCUGUCAGCGCCUUUUCUUUUUUAAAAUGAAACAGUUCGUUUCCACGCCUCGUCCUUCAUUUCGCCUCGGCCGGUUUUGGCUCCGAGGGCUCGGCGCGGCUCUCUGAGGGCAGCCCCGGGCAUGGCGGCCCAGCCGCUCCGCCUGCGCCGCGCCGCGCCCGGGGGCGUUGGCGAGGAGGCCGCGGGGGCCGCCCGGGGGCAGCCGGGCCCGCUCACAGCGCCCCGGGAGCGCCGGCCCGAGGGCGGCGGCCCGCGACGGGUUAAACGGGCCGGGCCGAGGGCUGAGCAGGCCGAACCGCGCCCCAUGGCCCGGCGGCGGUUCCCGUGGACGCGUCGAAGCGUGCUGGAAGUGGCGGCCGUGCUGGCUGCGCUGGCGGUCAUAGCGGGGCUCGUCGUUGUCAUCUACAUUGAAGUAGUCGUGGGACGAAACAUGUGUCCUAAGGACGUGGAAAACUAUGUGGCAUCCCUAGUGCUGAGCGCAGUUGGUGACACGCUGGGAUAUUACAACGGGAGAUGGGAGUUCCAGCAGAGUGGCCCAGCCAUCCACAAGGAGCUGGCAGAGAUGGGGGGACUGGACAACAUCAGCAUCCAAGGCUGGAGAGUCAGCGAUGAUACCGUGAUGCACUUGGCCACGGCAGAAGCCCUGGUAGCUGCUGGGAAAAACCCAAGCUUGCCACAUCUCUACUCCCUGCUUGCCAGGAACUACAAGGAGUGCAUGAAUGACAUGGAGGGCAGAGCUCCAGGUGCCACGUCUCUGGAGGGCACCACGGCGCUGGAGCCGGGCCGGCCGGGCGGCUGGCGCAUCCCGUUCAGCCCGCGGGCGGGCGGCUGCGGGGCCGCCAUGCGCGCCAUGUGCAUCGGGCUGCGCUUCUACCAGCCCGCGCAGCUGGACACGCUGGUGAGGGUCAGCAUCGAGAGCGGCCGCAUGACCCACCACCACCCCACCGGCUACCUGGGCGCCCUGGCCUCCGCCCUCUUCGCGGCCUACGCGGUGAACAGCGUGCCCCCCGCGGCCUGGGGGAAGGGGCUGAUGGAGGUGCUGCCGCGGGCCAAAGCCUACGUGCGGGAGUCCGACUUCUUCGUGAAGGAGAACAUGGAGCAAUGGUCGUACUUCGAGGAGCAGUGGAGAAAAUACCUGGCGGAGAGAGGCAUCUCGGACGGCGUCUCGUCGCCCAAGUUCCCGGCCAAGUACGGCGUGGAGGAGAGGGACUCGUUCUACACCUCCCUCAGCUACAGCGGCUGGGGCGGCAGCAGCGGGCACGACGCGCCCAUGAUCGCCUACGACGCCCUGCUGGGCGCGGGGGACUCCUGGACAGAGCUGGCUCACCGCGCCUUCUUCCACGGCGGCGACAGCGACUCCACGGCCGCCAUCGCUGCCAGCUGGUGGGGCGUCAUCUAUGGCUUCCGGGGCGUUCCCCCCUCCCUCUACGCCCACCUGGAGUACAAGGACCGCCUGGAGAAGGUAGCCAAGGGUCUGUACAGCAUCCUCUAGGCAGGACAAGGCAGGGCACCCUGCAGGCGCGCUUACCCAGUGGCUGUCGCGUGCUCUCUCGCUCGGUUCGCAAACCCGCCGGGAUUAAAUCUCGUGAAUGUCAGCCAGAGCCAGA